AUGACCGUUUUUCUACUAGUGCUCGAGGGCCUGCUUCUGGGGCUCCGGAAGCGUGGCGUAGCAGCGUCCAGCGACAUCAUGAGCUUCCACGAGAGGAAGCGCGCCAUCAAGGUCGCCGCCGACGCCGCCCUCGUGAACGCGAGGGGCGCCGACGCCACGCGCUGGAGCCGGACGAUGCUGGCGGACUCGGAGCUCGGGCACCGGCGUCGGAAUUGGGGUGGCAAGGUUUCCGUAAAGUUGAUCCGCGAGAGGGUCUUGAGGAGGAGGAGGGGCCACCGGCAGAAGCUGGGCACGGUGGGCUCGGCCGCCGUUCUUGCGAGGGCCAUGGUGAGGAAACAGACGAGGGUGUUGAGAGGGAUCGUGCCGGGAGGGGAGGGGCUAGACGAUGAGUGCACGUUGCUGGGUGAAACUCUGGACUAUGCCGUGUGUCUCAAAGCUCAGGUCGAUGUAAUGCAGCUUCUGGUGAGGGCUCUUCAAGCUAAAAAUCCAUAGCAAAUUGUCCAUCUCUUGUCUAGCUUCUGUUGGGUGUGAGGAAUUUGUAGAGAAUGCUUGUAACAUGCAAAGCC